AUGCAAAGCAUGAGAGCCUCGGAAUUUUCCACAAGCUCCCAAUCCCUUAUUGAACAAGAACAAACAGAAUCACAACCUAAAAUCACCACCAAGAGUCCCAAGAAGCUAGCAUUUCUUCCACUUGUCUUCCUCAUAUACUUUGAAGUCUCUGGAGGCCCCUAUGGUGAAGAAUCAGCUGUGGGGGCUGCUGGUCCUCUCUUUGCCAUUCUUGGCUUCCUCAUCUUCCCCUUCAUUUGGAGCAUCCCUGAGGCCCUUGUCACGGCUGAGCUGGCCACCGCCUACCCCGGCAACGGCGGCUUUGUCAUUUGGGCACACCAAGCUUUUGGUCCCUUCUGGGGCUCCCUCAUGGGCUCUUGGAAAUUCCUCAGUGGGGUCAUCAACUUGGCUUCAUAUCCAAUUCUUUGUGUAGACUAUCUCAAGCUGGUAAUUCCCAUUUUCUCUUCUGGCUUACCUCGCUUUGUUGCUGUAUUUGUCUCAACUUUGGUGCUAUCGUUUCUCAACUACUCUGGUUUGAGUAUAGUUGGUUACACUGCAGUAGGUUUAGGGAUUGUGUCACUUUGUCCAUUUAUAAUAAUGUCUUUGGUUGCAAUCCCCAAGAUUGAUCCAAGCAGAUGGAUCAGUUUGGGUCAGAAGGGUGUUAAAAAAGAUUGGACAUUAUUUAUCAAUACCCUAUUUUGGAACUUGAAUUUUUGGGACAAUGCUAGUACUCUAGCUGGUGAAGUAGAAGAACCCCAAAAGCUAUACCCAAAAGCACUUUUUUCUGCUGGCAUUCUCACAUGUUUGGGUUACGUAAUUCCUCUCCUGGCUGCAACUGGUGCUAUUCCACUUGACCAAGAAGAUUGGGUUGAUGGGUAUUUAGCUUCUGCUGGGGAAAUGAUUGCUGGGAAAUGGCUGAAAUUCUGGAUUGAAAUUGGUGCAGUUUUAUCAAUUAUUGGACUGUUUGAGGCCCAGUUAAGUAGUUGUGCAUACCAACUUUUAGGCAUGGCAGACUUGGGAAUUUUACCAAUGAUUUUUGGGGCAAGGUCCAAAUGGUUCAACACCCCUUGGUUAGGAAUUCUGAUUUCAACAGUCAUAGCACUUUCUGUUUCUUACUUGGAUUUCACAGACAUUAUAUCUUCUGCCAAUUUCUUGUACAGCUUGGGCAUGCUAUUGGAAUUUGCAUCUUUUCUUUGGUUGAGGGUGAAGUUUCCAGCUCUGAAAAGACCUUUUGAAGUUCCAAUGGGCCUGCCAGGGCUGGUGGUUAUGUGCUUGAUUCCAUCUGGUUUUUUGGUCUAUGUGUUGGCUGUGGCCACCAAAGCUGUUUAUUUGGUUAGUGCAUUGAUGACUCUGUUUGGUGUUGCCUGGUACCUUUUCAUGAAUCUCAGCAAAUCAAAGACGUGGUUUGAUUUCAAAAUGGAAGAAGAAAAAUUGGACAAUGAGGAAAGAGCUUAG